AUGAAACAUGAAAAUGUCACAGAAUUUAUCCUCCUGGGACUUUUCAGUGACGAGGAUGUGAAGGUCACCUGCUUUGUGCUGUUCUCGCUUUGCUAUCUUGUAGUUCUCUCAGGAAACCUGCUCAUUCUGCUCACCAUCAGGGGCAGCCACCUCGGCUUGCUGUCCCAGUGGAACUCCAUCUCCUACAAUAGCUGCAUAGCCCAGAUGUUUUAUGCCCACUUUUUUGGUGCCACUGAGAUCUUCAUCUUGGUGGCCAUGGCCUAUGACCGCUAUGCAGCCAUCUGCAAACCCCUUCAUUAUAUGGUCAUCAUGAGCAGACGGGCAUGCUAUGUCUUGGUUCUGGCCUCUGUCAUUGGAGCAUUUAUCCACUCCCUCCUGCAGGUAUUAAUUGUUACCGAACUUCCAUUCUGUGGCCCCAAUCAGAUAGACCACUAUUUCUGUGAUAUAUUUCCCUUGCUGAAGCUGGCCUGCACUGACACUAGAGCCUUGAUUAUUACCAUCAUUGCUACCACAGGAGUGUCAUCUAUUUUGACCUUUCUUGCCUUGGUAAUUUCUUACAUCAUCAUCCUGAUAACUUUGAGGACCCGCUCAUCUGAGGGCCGUCGCAAAGCCCUCUCCACCUGCGGCUCACACAUCACUGUAGUGCUCAUGUUCUUCUUGCCCCUCAUCUUCACCUAUGUGCCCAUGGCUGAUUCUGUCAGUGAUGACAAGGUAUUUGCUCUGUUUUACACCAUGAUUGCCCCCAUGUUUAACCCCCUUAUUUACACGCUGAGAAAUACAGACAUGAAGAACGCCAUGAAAAAGCUUUGGUGCCAAGAGAAAGUGAAGACUAUUGAAUCCUCUGGUGUUUGA